AUGGAGCAGACAAAGAAUUUAUUUGAUGAUUUGGUUGUUUCCCGAAUCGACCAUAGCACACAAGACCCAAACGUCGGUUUUGUUGAAACGUUCUAUCAGACUUCUGCAAGAGCCCUGACCCAUCUGUGGAAAACGCGUUUCCGUCUUCAGGUACGUGGUAAAUACAGAAAUAAGUUAAAGACAGAUAUUGCACACAUUAAACUGUGGCAGCAGUAUUUCCCCCAGGGGCGCCUCGACAUUAUAAUAGAGCGAUCAAGCUCCUUGAAAAGAAACGUUGUCGAGAUCCUGAGGGGAAUUGGAAAAGUCUUGUUGCCUUAUUUACUGUCGAGUUUUGACGGCACCUUUGAUAAGUCAAACAGCGAAACUGAAUUCUACCGGAAUUUAGUACAGGACCUGAAGACUCAAUUGGAGCAAUCAGCCAUUAUGCUCGUUGCUAACAAUUCGGAAGACGACUCUUCUGGUAUGGAAGCUUCUGAAAGCUCCGAUAGCUCCGAUAGCUCUUCUUCACCUACGGAGCGUGAUUUUAGUUGGCUUGACAGACUUCACGGUUACAUCAAUUGCUUGAUGGACUUGUCGUCAGUCAUCGAGAGAGCCCAUUAUUGUCUCCAACAAGAGCAGGACGCACCAACUAUCUCGCUUAAAAGUAGCUUCAAUUUAUCAGAGAGCGUGCGACCAUUCGCUAUGCUGAUUCAGGAUCGGUUCCCAAAAGCAUCAAUUUCUUUGGUAGAGCGCUUGGCGGAAGCAAAUCUUGAGAGAUCUCUUCGUAUCAGAGAGCUUAUGAGCCAAGAGAACCAGCACGACGGGGACCACCAAGUUCAAGAUGAUGCUGGGACCUUAUUUAAACCUUUUUCAAUUUUUCAUGAUUCUGGGAUUGGUAGUUCUGUCCCUGCGAAUUCGUAUGGCGCUCCCACUGUGGCCUCUCACACCUCGUUUCUUUCCGUUGCGACAGAGGUAGCUUUUGGACGCCCUAGGGUGCCUCCCUUACCACAACUGCCUGGGAAACGCUUCCAAUGCGAUUACUGCCGGAAAUUCAUAUCCAUGCAGAAUCGGAUUGAAUGGAAGUAUGUACCGGGGGAAGAAAGAUCCUGGCGAGAUUGA